AUGAAUGAGAGUGAAACUUCUACAAGAAGAGGAAACUUUUUAGAUCUCGUAAAUUGGUACGCGGAUAGGAAGGAAGAUGUGAAAAAAGUUGUGUUAGAAAAUGCUCCACAAAAUGAUAUCAUGAUUUGUCCAAAUAGUCAAAAAGACAUUGUGAAUUCUUGUGCUAAAGAAACAUUGAAAGCAAUUGUUGAAGACUUAAAUGGAGAUUACUUUGGAAUAUUAGUUGAUGAGUCUAAAGAUUCACUGAAAGAUGCUAUAUGUUCUUUGCUUUUAGAGCAUAAUUUGAGUUCUUCUCAUAUUUGGGGACAAGAUUAUGAUGGAGCUAGUAAUAUGCAGGGAGAAUUCAAUGGUCUUAAAACUUUGAUUAUGAAAGAUAAUCCUUCGGCAUAUAGUGUACAUUGUUUUUCUCAUCAGUUACAAUUGACUCUUGUUGUUGUUGCAAAGAAGCAUCAUGAGCACAAGGAGAUGCUUAGAGAUGAUCAAAUAGAAAAAUUAGAAGAGUUAUUUAUGCUCGGUGAAGUUCAUACAGGAAAUGAAUUGAAUCAAGAACUUGGACUUCACAGGGCAAGAGAUACUCAUUGGAGUUCUCAUUUUAAAACAGUAUAUAACUUUAUUAAAUUAUUCUCUUUAAUUAUUCAUGUACUAGAAGUUGUUUCUAAGAAGGGUUCAAAUUACAAAGAAAAAUCAUUGGCAAAGAGUUUAGUGGAAGACAUAAGAUCUUAUGAGUUUAUGUAUACGCCGCAUUCGAUGUUAAAAGUGUUGGCAAUUACACACGAUUUUAUUAUGGCUUUGCAAAGAAAAGAUCAAGAUAUCGUUACUGCUAUGAACCUUGUUGGUUUCACAAAGAGGCAGCUGCAAUCUAUGAGAGAUUCUAAAUGGGAUUCUUUGGUAAAGGAUGUUUCUUUAUUUUGUGCCAAACAUGAUAUUGUGAUUCUCAAAAUGAAUAAGAAUUAUUCUCUUGGAAAGUCAAAGCGUAAGAUUUCAAGUAUCAUAUAUUCUCAUCAUUUUCAUGUUAAAAUUUUUAAUGUUGUAAUUGAUUUGCAACUUGGUGAGCUUAACAGUCAUUUUGAUGAAGUGAAUACUGAUCUACUUCUUGAUAUGGCUAGUUUCAAUCCAGAUAACCCUUUUGUAAAUUAUGAUAAAAAUAGGAUUAUAAAACUUGCUACCUAUUAUCCAGAUGAGUUUAGUGCUUCCAUGCUUGAGGAUCUUAAUUUUGAGCUUGACAAUUAUAUUGACUAUGUGCGACAAGGGAAUAAUGAUUUCUCUAAGUUGAAAAGACUUGGGGAUCUUUCAGAGACAUUGGUGAAAACUAAUUUGCACAAGACUUGGAAACUUGUUUAUUUGCUUGUAAAGUUGAGUUUGAUAUUAUCUGUGGCGAUUGCAAUGGUGGAAAGAGCUUUCUCUUCGAUGAAAUAUAUUAAGAAUGACCUGCGUAGCAGAAUUGGUGAUGAAUUUUUGAAUGAUUGUUUAGUAUGUUAUAUAGAAGAUGAGGUAUUUGAAACUGUACAUAAUGAAGCGAUCAUUGAUCAUUUUCAAAACAUGACAAGCCGUCAGUACAAUUAUAAUGAUAAUGUUUUUAAAUAUGUUGUGUUUAACGGGUUGUUUCUUUAA